GGUUCCCCAGCCGCCCCCUCCCCUCGCACGGCGGGGCCGGGGCCGCCGCCGCCGCCCCCCCGGCUGGGUCACCCCCCCCUGCUCCGGUUCUCGGUCCCUCCCUCCAAGUCGAUCUGGUACUUCCUUCCAGUGUGGAAAUUGAUCGGUUGAAGUUAUGCGUUUGACCUGCAAGAGCCACGCUGACAGUGCUUCGGGGAUCUUGUGAACUGGAACGGGAAAGGAGCCCGCCGGCAGGUGGAAUGGGGCAGCCAUGAACGGCGAUGCCCUGUGCCAGGAGCCCUCCUCCCCGCUCCCCGACUGGAGGGAGUUCUGCAAGCUGCACGCCCAGGCAGCCGCCGUGGACUUCGCCCAGAAGUUCUGCCAGUUCCUGAAGGAGAACCCCCACUACGACACCCCCGGGGCAGAGACCUCCUUCUCCCACCAUUUCACCGCCAACUUCUUGGACAUCUUCAGCCUGGAGGUCAGCCGGGUGUUCGUGUCUGACUCGCCCACCAAGUACAACAUCGUGCCCUUCGUGGGGCUGCAGAACUGCCACGUCCCCUACGGGCGGGAGGUCACCCCGAGGAAGGAGGAGACAUCCACGGAGUCUCUGGACAGCAUGGACGCCCCACUGGGCGCCAGCCGCUACCUGACCCCAGCCCAGCAGGUGCAGGCUCACAAGGUCUCCUCCUACGGGCAGUCCCGCAGCUCAGAGGACGUCUCCAUCCACGCUGCCGCCAAGCCCAAGUUCAAGAAGGGCUUCUCGCUGAGGAACAUGAGCCUGUGCGUGGUGGAUGGGAUGAAGGAGAUGUGGCACCGCAAAUCCUCUCCGGAGCCGGGCGCCGAGGCUGCUCUGGGCGGCCGCAGAGCCGAGAGGGAGCCGUGGCCGGCCGGGGGCAAGGAGCCUGGGGACCCUCGGGAGAAAUGGACACACAAGCUGCGCCUGUCCAAGGUGCCCUCGUCCAAGGUGGAGCUGGUGGACAUCCAGAGGGAGGGGACGCUGCGCUACAUGGUGGCCGAUGACACGAACUGUGUGGGCAGCUCGCAGUGGCAGAAGUGCCGCCUCCUGCUCCGGAAAGCGGUGAAGGUGGAAGGAGAGAGGUUCCUGCUGGAGUUCUAUGUCCCUCCAAAGGCUUCCAAACCCAAGGUGAGCAUCCCUCUUUCAGCCAUCAUCGAGGUACGCACCACCAUGCCCCUGGAGAUGCCUGACAAAGACAACACCUUCGUCCUAAAGGUGGAGAAUGGGGCCGAGUACAUCCUGGAGACCAUCGACUCCCUGCAGAAGCACUCGUGGGUGGCCGAUAUCCAGGACUGCAUCGACCCUGGGGACAGUGGGGAUGACAUUGAGCUGGUGUCCUGUGCACAGGGAGCCUGUCUGCCAGGCAGGACAACCUCAUCCAGCUGCGAGUUCCUGAAUGAUGAGGCACCCAGGCCACCAGACAGAUGUGCCCUGCCCAGUGGUCACAACACUGCCGUGGCCACCGCUGUCCCCGUGCCCCAGGGCCGGGGCAGGGACUCCCUGGGGGAGCUCCUCACCCACGUCCCACUGGAAAGCUUCCUGCAGACGCUGGAAUCCUCCCCCACCGCUGGUGGGCAUCUCACAGGGGAGGACAGUGAGGCUGAAGCUGAGAUCAACCUGUCUGACUUCCCCUGGUUCCACGGGACUCUGUCACGGAUCAAGGCAGCCCAGCUGGUGCUCUUCGGGGGCGCCCGCAGUCACGGAUUGUUCGUCAUCCGGCAGAGCGAGACACGGCCGGGGGAGUACGUGCUGACCUUCAACUUCCAGGGCAAAGCCAAGCACCUGCGCCUGUCGCUGAACGAGAGCGGGCAGUGCCACGUGCAGCACCUCUGGUUCCAGACCAUCUUUGACAUGCUGCGCCACUUCCACACACACCCCAUCCCGCUGGAGUCGGGCGGCGCCGCCGACAUCACCCUCCGCAGCUACGUGGUGGCCCAGAGCCCGCAGCCUGACACCGGCCCCCCACCACCCCUCGUGUCACAGCCACCAAGCUGCCGGGUCGACGUGCCACCUCCACACUACUUCUGCAGCACAGCACCCACGGGCCCGCCAGUGCCACCACCUGCUGAGGGGGUGGCUGUGGCCCCCACUGUCCCUGUCCCCGCACCCUACCACCGCCUGGAGGGUGCCCUGGGCCCCCGGAGCCGCAGCGACAGCGCCGAACGCCAGCCGGAGCCUCCAGCCGCCAGUGCCGAGGACUACCACGAGGCUGACAGCGCCCGGAGCCGGACCCGGGCGGUGGAAAACCAGUACUCCUUCUACUGAGCCCCCUGUGCUGGGGGCUGGAUGGUGGGGGGAGCAGGGCAGCUGUGCCCCUCACCGCUGCACCGGCCUCGCCACCUCCUCCUGCCACCACCAGCGACCCAGCUGGGACAUCCUCCUCGCUCCCUGCUGCUUUGGGGAGCUGUGUCAGCAGUGGGCAAUGUCCCAGCUGGACCUGGCACCAACCCCAGGGUUGGGGCAGUGCUGGGGGUAUGGGAGGCUGAAAGAGUCAGUGCCAUUUUAGAGCUUGCAGCCUCUUCUUCCCUCUGGACCAAGAGCUCUCCCAGGGCCGAGCUGGGCUCCCUGCAUCUCCCCCUGGGUGUGAUCAUUGUGGGAUGGCACCCACAGCUGUGACAGGCUCCAUCCUCCAAAGCACCUUGGCAUGUCCCCACUGGGGCGAGAGCUCAGCAUGGCCAACAUCCUUCUGGCACCAUCGCCCUGCAAACCAGCUGCUGACGGACUCUGGCAUUUUGGGAUGAGCAUGGAAAUGUCAGAUCUCCAUGAAGAGACUCUUCUUGAACAUGUGGAUCACUGAGAGGGCGCUGCUGCAGAGGCCUGAGGGUUUAUCUGGGCUGGCUUUUGGGCUCCCUCUGGGGCAUGUGUUUCCUAGACUCUGACAGAAGAAGGUUUUUGUCCAGAGCUUAAUGUAUGGCAUUCAAGGAAGGGUUUUCCUGCUGUCCUGCCUUUUCUGUUCCUUUGUUUCCUUUCUCUCUUUGCUGUACCAACAGAGAAUCCCUGGAUAACCCUUUCUUCCUCCCUCUCGUCCUUGAUUUUUCAAAACUUAAGCUCUCCACAAGGGCAUCAGCCUUCUGCCUGCUCUCUGCCACAGCUGGGCAAUAUUUUCCACUGCUCAAGGCAAACCUUGAAAAAAUACCUCUUUACAUCAGUUUUUGGUUAUUUGGGAUGUCUUGAGGGGUCAGGCAGAGGCCAGGGCUUGUGUCCAGAGGUGAGAGACAGCUUUGCCUUGCAGGUAAAAGCAGGUAUUCCUGCUUGGCUGGGCUCCCAGGGAUAAAAACACUACAUUGAUUCUUUUCCAAGAGGUCAUGGAAGCCCUGAGGAUGUUUUUAUAAGCCAGGGUUUGUGCCUGUGGGGGCUGGGAAGGGCAGCUUUGCUUGCAGACAAAGUGUUUGCAUGUCCCCCUUGGUUUGGCUGACACAGCUUGUCUUACCGAGCACCAGGACUCCUGGUGUGGCAGUGACAGGAGUGACAGUGCUCACAGGACCUGAGCCAGGUGCCUUUGGAGUGUCUGGACAGGUCUCCAGGUAGAGCAGACCCCACCAUACCCAGAUAGAAGUUACCACUUAGUUAAAAGAGGUACAAGCCAAGCCACAACCUCAAAAAAAAAAAAAAAACAAAACAAAACAAAAAGCCUUGAAUUUGCGUGGAAUUGGGUUUGGCCAAAUUUUUAUUUAUUAGGUGCCUUCUUUCCUGAGCUAGCAAAGCAUGUCCCCAGUGCUUGACUCACGUGUGCCUCCUGCUUCAAGAGGACAGGGGAGGUGUCUUCUGUGAUGUGAGAGCUGCCUUUUUGGCCCAUGGAUGUAUGAUAUGAGGCCUGGUGGAUCCCAUUCCUGGAGCAAAUGCCAGCUUCUCCCCAAACACACGGCCCUUCAGAGGGCAGCAGGAGCAGUUUGCUCUGUUGAGGAUAUUUCUCCUUCCUCAGCCCCGCUAAAACACAGCUCAGAGGAGCAGGGAGAGGCUGGGUGCUCUGGGUUCAUGGGUUUAACACAUGGUGGAUGAGGGGAGAUCUCCAGAUCUGAUACAGACAUGGUCACUGGUUCUUCCCUGAGGCUCCAAGGGUGGGAUCCAGAAGGCUGGAUGGGAGGACUGCCUUACAGACCUUCAGAUAUUGGCUUUGUUUCUCACUUUCUGUGUCACAGGAUAGGAAAAGGAGGGGGAAGCAAUGAUCUGCAAGCAAAAAAUGUUAAUUUGUAAAUAGGGAAGAGUCUGGAAGAGUUUACUGUUGUGUAGAAUAAAUUAAUUUUAUUUAAAAAAAGAAAGGGGAGGGGGGACUUGUUAAACAAAUGGAGAACUCGAGUUCCGGUUUUAAAAUAAAAUCACUUGCAAAAACAA